AUGAUUUGGUUCCGUACGCAACUAUCACGACCGACCACAAAGGAGCGAACUUGGUCUGCAGAGCAGCUUGCUAUUGUUGAACGCGCAAAGACACACAAUGUCGUCGUCUCCGCGCGACCCGGUUCAGGAAAGACGGCCACAGCCGAAGCCAUUGCGGCCUCGAAUCCGGACAAGUCUAUCGCGGUUUUGACUUACUCAAGGCGCCUAAAGAAUGACACAGCCAAGCGCAUGAAGGAGAAAUAUCCGGGAUGCGAUGUUUUCACAUUUCACGGCGUGGCUGGCAAACUGCAUGAACCGCUAGUGGUGCGCGACGACAGCAUACUGAACCAACUUCGAAGGUCUCGCGCCAGGCCGACAUGGCGGAAAACCCCCUAUGACAUCAUUAUCAUCGACGAGAUGCAAGACUGCACAGAGCUUCUGCACUGGUUGGUGCAAACCUUCAUCAGCUGCGUUAAGGGCCGUCGGGGCCACGCACCACGCAUCGUCGUCCUUGGAGAUGAGAGAAAGGCCAUCUACGAGUUCCGCGGUGCAGAUGCCCGAUUCCUGAGCGAUUGCCCUACUAUCAUGGAGGACUUGUCGCCUGACCCCUGGGCUCGCAUGACGCUCAGUAAGAGUUUUCGGCUGUCACGCCAGAACGCCGACUUUAUCAAUAAGGCGUUUCUACAGGGCGAGGAUUAUAUUGUCGGCUCGCACGAAGGGCCCCGACAUUUGUACAUUCACGCCGAUAUUUCCGACGCAAAGGGCCUUGCGAAGGAGUUAGCACCUCUGAUUCGCCAGUACGGAGCGAAGAACACGGCUAUUCUUGGCCCUGCUGUCCGAACGAACCCAAGGAUAUCAAGGCUGACGAAUCACUUGACAGGCAGGGAAAAGAUUCCCGUCGCAGAGCCUAUCUCGGGUGAUACAGGGUUGGACGAUCUUGUCAUUCGUGGCAAACUCUGCGUGUCAACUAUCCACCAGUUCAAAGGGAGCGAGCGCGAUUUGGUCAUUCUCUACGGUCUGGACGAUCAUUAUUUCCAGAUAGCUCCAGAUGAGCCCGACACGACAUGUCCUAACGACAUUCUUGUGGCGCUCAGCCGGGCGUCGAAGCAGCUCGUCAUUGUCCACGACACGAGUCAACAGAUGAUGCCGUUUGUGGACGUAGCGCAACUCCACGCAACCGCUACCCACCGAUUCAUAACUGAGGAGAAGCCGGGCUCAUUCCACCAAAGGUCUCCCCGAGGGACGACCCAGCAGGGCUUGAAGCUUCCCGUGACCGUUGCAGCAUCUGAUAUUGCUCGAUACGUACCCGAUGAAACUCUUGAUGCCAUCGUGGCCAGACACGCCAACGUCACAGUUCUCUCCGCUGAGGUGUCGCCUGUCGACCGCAUCGAAGCGCCAGACAAGGUCCCAACAGACGAUCGGAAAUACCGCUACGAAUCCGUGAGUGAUAUCAACGGCCUAGCCGUUGUCGCAGCAUAUGAGCUUGCAUCACGUGGCACGCUCACAACCCUCGGGAACGAAGAUAAUGCUUCGUUGCCACGGGAGCUGCCUAGUGAGCCUCAGAAGAGAACUGCAUGGCUCUGCCGCGAGGCGUGUGGCCGCCUAGCGGAGCUAUCGACGUUUUACUCCCGACUGAUGCAGAUGCACGCUCAUAAGUGGGAUUGGCUAGAACCGUACCUUCCGGUGGCCUGCGCCCGUCUGCAAGAGCAGUUCAAAGCUAUCGACCCAGCCGAUCUGAAGUUCGAGCAGGAUCUGAAAGCGGGGUAUAUGGAGAUCCGUGAAAAAGAUCAGGGAAGAACCGGGGACCGCGAGUCAACGAUAAUCUUGGGUCGCGCCGAUAUAGUUCAGAACACCCCAUCGAGAUCUCCCGUCGAUGACUCCGGCCAGAAAGUCACGCUAUGGGAGAUCAAAUUUGUGAGCCGCCUUUCGCGUGAGCACGUCAUUCAAGCCUGCUUUAACGCUCACCUGUGGGCGGCCAGAAAUGAGGGCGAUAUCCCGCGGGUGAUGCUUUACAAUAUUCGAAAUGGCGAGAAGUGGGAGAUAUCCCCCAAGGAUGGUGUGGGUAGUUUGCACCUGCUCGUGGACGAAGUUCUACGGGCAAAGUAUACUUCGAGGCCCCUCCUAUCGGACGAGGAGUUUCUGGACAGAUGCGCUAAGGUGCGAAAAGAGGUAGAAGGACUUUUGAAGGACGUCGACCGAUAG